AUGUUAAUACAAGCACAUUUCAAAAUAGAAUAUCUUGAUUUUGCAGGUGUUAUGGCUUUUCAAAACGAUUCUCUUAUUGUAACUAUUAUCAGAUCUUCUCCAAAUUUAAAGCAUUUUGAUAUUUCUGGUAAUGAUAUCGGAGAUGAGGUUGUUGAAGCACUAGCCCACACAUGUCAGGAAUUAGAAUAUCUUGAUCUUGGAGGAGAUCGUCAUUGCAUUAACCAGCUCCGUCUUGCAGGAGCGAUCUCGAACAUAAAGGGAUCUCAUCCCCCCGAAAUUGCGAAAUAUGGUUAUGCAUCUCUUCUUUGCUGGAUUCUUGGCAUUUAUUGGCUAGCUAGACAAGUCCCGUUCACGCAUUCAUUGGUCUUCCAAGAGAUGCUGUUAUUCAAACAAUUACAAUUCCGAGACGAUGAUCUUGAAACUGAAAUUCGGAACCAGUUACCACCUCAAUUUAAAAAUGUCCCUUUUAUUAUUCGUGCAUUUCACCCCGGACCUGUAAAAUACAGAGUUGUGCAACCGCAGACUUUGAUUUCCGAUUAUUUCAAUGGAGAUCCUCCCACAAGUGUUAUUCAUAUUCUUGUGGAAUCCUAA